GUUUAAAAACUGAAACAAAUGUUCAAAACUACUCUUCAGAUUCAACUCUUAUUUUAAGUCUCAAACAUAUUUUCCACUUUCAGAUCUUGUUUUUUUUAUUUUCAAACUUUUUCUUCAGUGAGUUUGCUGGUUAAAGUACUCUAACGCUGAAGUUGAAUUAAUUUUGCCAACAAACUUGUAUAAUGGAGAGACGUUUUUUAUAUUUACUCCAUAUUUGUGUCAUAUGUUUCUGGACUCAUCUCUUCAUCUGUUCUCUUUUUAACAGUCACAUCAGUCUUUUAUACACAAUAAGUGAAACUGAACUACUUGCCUGUUAUUUUCUUGUUAACUAGAUUGUGCCCCGACUUGAUCAUUUUGAUGUAAAUUACUAGUUUUGCUAAUAAUUACCCUAAGCAAUUAUCUACACCAAAACCAGAUGUGUUGUUGCACAACACUGAACUCGAUACAAUUCUUCUAAAAACAUGGGAAAAUAUUCAAAUGUCCCUUUCAAGGCCCUGUAGAGGCAAAGACAAGACAUUUUCUAACAUGAGUGGGGGGAACUUACACGUUUUCCUAACAGCCCUGCUAAAAAAGUCAAAGUAUUUUUGCAGCAGGAAUUUCUGAGAGGGUGUGGUCGCCGCGGGGCUGUUUGGGGGCUGGACAAAAACAAAGCCACUGCCGCUUUCCAACCCUCCCACCCAGACUGCCCCUCUAUUUGUCUCCCUCUGCCGCCGUCUCUCCUGCUUUCCCCUGUUCAGCGACCUGUUUUCGCUCUCUGCAGCGGGUCGCCCGGUGAUGUCACCAUCAGGAAGCCUGAGGUGACCUCCCGCCGUUCCUGUAGCGCGAAAACAGGGGCCGGGACUCGCCGCGCCGUCUCAUUAAGGGCGUUAAAAACAGAGCGCCGAUCCUCUCCGGUCAAAAACCGCUUUCAAAUAAGGACGCCGGCACACUCAAAGUCUGAGGUUGUUUCUCUCUUUUUUUUUUCCCGGAACAUUCUUGGCCGCUCCGCAAAUGUCAUAAAACCCACUUCAUUAAAAGAUAGCAGUCACAAUAUCUACUUAAGUAUUUUAAGCAGCAUUUACAGCACGCCAUUAGGUAUCCCGCUCCGGCGAACUGUACUUUCAGAGACGCAUCGGGUUGUGUUUCUGCGCCCACGCUAGACGAUGACUCAUUACACUAACAGGCCGACUUAAAAUGUAAGCUUUAUGUGUUUAGAUUUGAGGCGAGUGUGUCGGGAGAAUUUUAAAGCUGCUGGUGAAACACGGCAGAAAAUGAAAAUAGUAUCAAGUAUGAGAGUCAGAUCGUCCGGGAAAGAGAAUAUUUUUGAGUGAAUCCAAAACUGUUGACGCCUCAACAUACAUACACUUGGCAGCUGUAACAAGUUACAUUUUUUUUUUUUUUUUUAGGUUUCCCAUCAUUUUUAGGGAUGUGUUUGUGAGUAUUUCUUCCAGAAAUCCAUUUGGGUGGUCAGGCACUGACGAGCAGCAAGGAUCCGUAGGAAGCGAGAGGCAGGAAGAGCUGAAAACUGACUCGGAUGAAAUGGAAGCAAUAUGUGUAAGUGAGAGUGAUUGCUGGCAUGGGAAACAAGUGAUACUGAUUAAGUGUACUUAAAACAGCUGUAGAGGGAGCUUAAAUGGAGGAGCUGGAAAACACCAGGAGAACAUGAGGUUCAGAGGAAGAACACCAAAACAAAACCAAGCGUGACUGAGCACCAAACGAAGGUCUGAGGCUGAGAGCUAGAAAGCAACAGGUGCAGCUAGAAAAGAAAAAAGGUAUGUAGAGAAGUGCAAAGCAUGAAGAGACUACACUUGAAAACCAACACAAAGAACAUAAAGUACAAAACAAAGCUUUCAGAAUGAGCCCAAUGUUCAUAAACAUGUCUAUAUGGACCUUUUUGCAUUGUAACAGGAGCUGCGUCUCCAUUACAAACGUCCACAAAACUUUGUCGAUAUCCCGCUAAUGUCGAAAACACACAAUUGCAAUUAAAACCACACAAUAAGUCCUGCCCUGCCAUCCUCCUCCUACCACUUCCUGUUGUCGUCUUCGUCUUUCCGCCAGCAGUAACGACUGCUUGUUGAUCACACGACUCAUGUGAUGCGCGAAAAAAUGUUUCCAUCGCAGUUAUUUCGAAACAGCUGAAAAACUCACCUCGUCCUCGUGCAUAAACCUUUUAUUAAAAACCUUGACUCCCCGUCCAUGUUUUUUUUUUUAAAUUGGUGUGUUUCCAUUAAGCAAAAUUAGUUUCGUAAUUCCAAUUUCCACAAUUAUUCGGUCAAUGGAAACGCAUCUAGAGUCAUGUUGGAACAGGAAAGUGUAAUCCGCAAACGGGUUCCACGCAAAAAAAACCCCUCCAACCAAACAACAUAAUGGUCUCCGCCCACCUAACUUUACACUGGGCACAAUGCCGUCACCAAGCAAGGUUUAUCUGGCAACCGGCAGACUCAUCCAUCGAAUUUAGCCAGAUAGUGGAGAAAGAUUUAUCAUACCAGCGAACAUGUCUUCAUGCUUCACGCCAUUAUAUUGGACACUUUGUACUGGACUUGGCAGUGUAAUGCUUGGAUGGUCGAGGAAACCUAUUCCGCGAAUCUCUCUAGACUUCUGUCCUCUUCAGUGUUCUGUUGUUUUAGGUGGCCUACCACUGAGUGACUGAGUUGUUGCUGUUUGCAGAAGCAGUCUGCAAACCUACGUGAAUUUAAACACUGGUUGCCAUGGUGUUGACUGACACAGGUAGACUUCAUUCCUAAUGUUGCAGUUCAUGCAAAGUGAGGUGCAGGUACAGCACCUGAUUGACCAGCAUUCCUCAACACUGUUGCUGCUUUCCCCGCAGCCACAAGUGUUGCUUAAAAUGUCAAAACAAGCCUGUCAAACUUUCCUGUAUUUUAGUAUCACAAACAUCUUCUCGAACACAUGAUUUACGGUUUGUCUCUCAUGACUGAACAAAGGAGAUGUAAUCUUUUCCAGUUUUCCCAUCUCCUACUAUCAGCCGUUUUCAUCAGCUUGUGCAACGUCUUAAAGGUGACAUGCUGAAAGAAAUGAUUGUUACAAAAGAUUCAUGUGAUGAAAGAAAAAAAGAAUCAAUCAACAUCUUAGGAUAAAGGCUGCUGCUAAAAAGGGAUUCCUGCCAGAAACAUCCCCACAUUUUGAAAUGAAAAUGAAAGCAAGCUUCUGGUGAAAGAGUUGGGAUCAUUAGGAAAAUCAAUGCAUAUCCGUCAGAGGAAAAACAAAGGCUCGGCACCAUUUCAGCAAAUUAAUAAGUGAUCCCUUUGGACUCAUAAGCACAACAUGUCCAAACAAUGGGCACCUAAUUUCAAAACGACGAGUGCGGCUGAUAGUUACGUAACAGAAACUCUCUUAUCGAAGUAAACACCAGAUAAGCUCUCUGUCAUUAUGUUUCUCUAGGCUGUAGAGUUACACUGCUGCAGAAAUUAGGCUAGAUGUUAUGAGGUUGGCGUUUUGGUUCUGUCUUUAAAACAGAAAACCAGCUAGCUUUAAGGGAAAGCUGCAUAGAGACACUUAAGGAAGCAAUGUUCUUCUGUUGCUCCUCAAGUAGUCAUUGGUUUGCUGAUAAGUAACAAAGGCUGCAUUUCAGUGAAGAACUUAAUUGUGAAAAUAGGAUUACAAAACAUGACUGUGAAUCAAAAUGCUAACGCUUUUGGCCAAUGACUGCUGGAGAUUGGCACCAGCUCUGAGGAAACACCACAAGGAUGGGCAGUAAAGGAAACAGGAGUUCAGCGAUAUGUUACGGCUCUUUGUGGAGCAGCGACGGGGUGGGAGGAGAGGAGCAGCAGAAGGCGGAGGAGGACACACUGACAGGACGCUCUGGUGAGUUUGGACAAAACUGUAGAUUGGAGCAGAAAGUAACAGAGCAGUCCAAAAGAAAGUCCAGCAUAUGGCCUGUCUCAGCGGGACACUUGGUCCUGAACCACAACUCCCCCUUAAAUCUGUGGUUUUCCCUGUUUUCUCGGAACACACAUGCGCUCCCUGCAUCCUUUGCUCAGGAAAUGAACAGGAUAGAGUCAAAAAGAAACUAAAGAGACUUUGCUUUUUGAUGGCAAACAUGACAGGGAGCAAUCCUGAAAUCCCUAAAUCCCAGCGGCUGUGUGGGUGUGCAUCAUUACAUAUAUGACGUGUUGUCCAUUACAUCAUGUAAAUUACAGUCUCCCGAAGCCCAGACUUACUAAAUCACCAAGGUGAUUUGGUCAAGAGGGUUGAAUCAACAUUACAUCUCGUCUUAUGCCUACAGGGAGCAAAAAUGUUUUCAUAGAAACCCUGAGUCUGUAUCUCCAAAGGAUAACGGACGUUUAUUUACAGGCUCUUGACAGCAGAUAAAGUACAUUUUUAAAAUAGGCUCAGUAAUUUGUUACUGAAAACAUGCAGGAGAAAUCUGCCUGCAUGUUUUUUGGGAAGCAGAGGUUUGUUUUCCAAUAAAAUUCAACACCAACUAGUGCUGAAAUUUACUGUUCAGUCAUGAGUUCAAUACAUUUUAGAAGCAGUGAGUGUUUUCGAGGAUUAGAUUAUUCCCUGCUAUGGGAAACAAGUUUGUUUCCCACAGCGGGUGAGAUUAAAGUUUGCACUAGUGUGCCAUCUAGUGGUCUUUGAAUGUAUUGUCUUAUGCAAUCAAGCAACAAAUUCACCAACCAAAUUAAGAAGAAACAAAUCCUACUGAAAGCAUGUCCAGAUAGUGUACUGUGUGUAAACUCAGUACUUGAGGCCGUUGAGGCUCCUUUUUGUGUUUGUACCUGCUGCAGCACAGCUGCCUUCGUCUCCUCUGUGUUUUAAAAUGUCCUGGUUGACGACUAAUAAAGAACAAUGAAGAAUACAAGAAAAGCAGUGGUCAGACACCAGCGUGACGUGGCUCCCCAGAUGAUCACUGAGUAUGGAAAUUUCACACUGGACUUCCAGCAACUUGGGUUUUGUGCCAACCCACUCCCCAGAGUCUGAAACUUUGAUUUUCCAAAUGGAAUGCAAAAUGUACUUUUAUCUGACCGGACUUUGGACCACUGGACUGAAACCACUGUUUCGUCCUUCUAUGUAUUAUAUACAAUAUGUGCCUAUAGCUAUAAUAUAUAGAAAUUCAGUGAAGUUAGACAGACCAAAGUUUAUUCAUAUUUCUUUUGAUAUUCCAAAUAUUUUGGAUGCAUCUGAUCUGCCCUGUCUCAGUGUAGCUGAACUUAUUAUCCUCUGCAUCAUCUCCAAGGGUCAUUUUUCACCGUCUCUACUGCGUACUUCCUUGUAUUUCCUGUCUUGUCUGGCGAAUUUGUGAGGUCAGAAGUUUAGGUGAAAACCAAUCCUCCCUCGGGAAGUACUGUAGUCACAAAAGUACAGGCAGCUAUUUAAAAACUCCUCGAUAAUGACGAGGCACGGCUGGAAUCCUGGACCGACGCUCUUUCAUUGGAAACGUGCCUCCAUUGCUCACAUGUAUAAAUUUACACAACCACUGAACAACUUACAAAAAGACAAAUUUAAUCCUUUAAAGAAUAUAUUCUGUUCAAUUCUUUUCCUCUGUCAGGUUGAAACAACGUGCUCCUGUGCGUCUUUCUCCAAAUCCAGUGUUUAUUAAUAAACCUAAACAUGUCUGGGGUCGUCAUGGUCACACAUAGCAGCACGGUGAGUGUGAGGGAAGAAGGAGGUCGGCUCAGCUGUCUUUUUCACCCUCCCCUCCUCUUAGAGUUCAUCCGCACCCCAUUCUCCCGCUCAUUCCCCAACCGCUCCGCUCUCUUUUGUCGUCUCAACUACAAACUGUUCAACUGCUUCCACACACUCACCAUCAGGAGACGCCACACUGAAAAAGGACCUGGGAUAUAUAUGCUAAUUGGUUGUUGCAGGACCUAAAGGAGAUCACUUCACCAGAACAGAGUAAAAGAAUUUGGCUAACCCAAUGGAAGACCAAGAGGAGGACUUAUCUACUGGAUUUGGGCCACUCUUUAUCAGAGAAGAAAAGGGGGAUACAGAUGGAAGCAUCGUGGAACAGAGUGAUGGUAACCAAAACCCCAAAGGGCAAAACUUCACUGGAAAACAGGGUAACCAACCAAUGCCAUACCUACAGGAAAUGGACGUCUUACUGAAAAGUUGUGAAAAGCUUACAGGUAUUCCUUUUAGAUCACGCCACAUUGAGGGUUACUCCGAAGCAAGUCUGAGUAAGUCCAGUUGGAAUCGAGGCAAAGAGGAGAUCCGAACAGAAACCCUUGUCGAAGCAAGCAGUUCUCCUCUAGACAGCAGUUCCUCCUGCUACAUUGACACACAUAUGGACCGGACUGAAACAAAAGCCGAACGGGCAGAAAGCCAAAACUUAGGCACAAUAAUCCACAGGCAUGGGACGUCUUAUCACUCAGAGAUGCCUCUAUUUUCAGUUGGCAACAACCUGUGUGCCAGCAUGGUGGAGUGUGAGGGCCAGCUGUUGGGGAUGUUGGCCAUGCUUGAAAGUUGCAUGGAGGAGGCUGGCAUGGAGUUCGAGCCACAAGAUCGGGCAGCAGACGCAGGCCAAGACUAUGUGCACAUCAGAAAGGAUCCACAACAUCCUACUGGUACAGCCCAGACCGAGGAUCAGCCAGAGAGCCAAACACUGUUGCCAGUGAAUGCUGAUUCUUUUGGCAAAGGCAAUAAUGCUUCAGAGGCUGGUGAGAUUGGAGAAGCAAUAAAUUCAGCAAGAAAAAGAAGCCCACAUGAUCAUUUGGUUGAUUGCUCAAAGGAGAGACCAGAGAGGCAAAGUAAUCUUGUAGUAGAUCAGAGGCCUGACUUCUUGUUUUCAGAUCUGCAAGUGCCUCUGGAGCAAGCAAACCAAGAUCCAGAGGUCUGUGGGGACACAAGCACUGGACAAAGGUUCAAUGAAGAGAUUGAGACUAUAGAAGACAUUGCCAAAGCAGGAAUAGAUGACAUAAACAUGACUGAAGAGAGGCAUAAAACUGAUCUUGAGUCGGACAUGAAUAGAUUGAGGUCUCAGAUGGAGGACUGCAUAGAGGAGGUGCAGCGGUUGGAGAAACGGAGGAAGGAGUUACUGUUGGAGGUGCUGCAGCUGAGAGGGCCCAGAGACGAAGAGGAUGUGGAAAGGGGAAGCAGGGACGAAGAGGAGACUGAGGAGUCGAUUGACAGAAAAGCUCUGGAGCUGUUCACUAUUCUCAGGGCAGAAGAGGAGGGAAGGCGAGAGGAGAGAAAAAGGGAGAUUCAAGGCCUCAGGGAAGAGAGGGCAGAGGAAGAGAGGAAGACAUGGAAGGUGAAUCUGGAGAGACAGGGACUGCAAGACGAACUCAGGAGGCUGAGGAGGAAGCUGUUUACUGUGGCAAGGGACUGUGCCCAGAGUCAGGCAACACUAAACAAUCAGCGCUGUGAUGUGGAGUUACUGAAGACGGAGGAGGAAAAGUUGAACUCUUUGGUGUUGCAGCUGACAGAGGAGACUUGUCAACUCAGAUCAGACCAGCAGGAACAAGUGUUGGAGCUAGAAGCAGAGCUUCAGCGCAGAAGCUCCGGACAGACCUCCAACCCUCAGGAGGACCUGACUGAGUGCAGGAGGAAUUCCUGUGAGGACGUCCAGCAGUACGUCCAGGGUGGGCUGAAAGCACUGGAAGACAGAUACGAGCCCAUUUUGGAGGCACUGCUGAAGAGAAAAGAGGCAGCGGCUGGUGCCCUGGUGAAAGCCAAAGAGCAGUCACAGGAGCUGAGGGUCCAGGUCAAACCUCUGAGGGAGGAGAUUCAGAAACUGGAGCUGGAGAGGACCUGUUUGGAGGAGAGACUCAAACUGACCUACGUGCAGAGGCAGGAGGAUGCAGGUCGCCACAAGGAAGCUGUGCGUUUUCUGGAGGAGAGAAUCCGAGAGCUGAGGACAGAGCUGGAGAUUCAGAAGAGAAAAACAAAGGACCUGGAGGAGUUGAGAGAAAACCUCACCAAGCAGCUCCUGCUUUACAGGACACCAACCGAGGUCCACCACAGCUGUGAUCAGCAAGGAAGAACAUGAUCAUGCUUUUCUUUUUGGUUGGAAAACAGCCUUGUCAUUUGUGUUGUAAUUUUGAAUUUGCAAAAGAGAGUGAGCUUCAUAGAUUUCAAGUACGCACUUUACCCAAAUUGUUUGCCUGUAAAGUAGGACGCACCAUGCAGGAAGGUUUCUGUUUCGAAUAAAGGCCUGGUGUUUCUAACA